GAGAUGCAGAUAAACUCAGUGCUAACUGUUCGGAACUCCUUGAAGGCAGUUGGAGUAGGAUCAAGACACUUCAACUUUAUUUGGGUCAUCUAUAUGGAGAAAUCCCAGUGUCUACUGGCAAUAUAACAUCACUUGAGUCUCUCGGGCUGUCUUUCGAUGAGAAUACAAGAGGUAGCAUUCCAAGAGCCAUAACUAAGCUUAUCAAUUUAGAGACCCUGGCAUUGUAUGGAUACCAUAUGCAUGCAGCCAUUCCUGAUUGGUUACCUGAGCUAAAAAAUCUUAGAAGACUUGUUCUCCAGGAUUGCAUGCUACUGGGCCCAAUCCCUGCAGCUCUUUUUGGAGGAUUGUCUUCCUUAGAAUAUUUAGAUCUCAGUAGCAAUCAGUUGAAUGGGACAAUCCCAACAACUUUAGGACAACUUUCUAACUUGUUUUUUCUUGACCUCUCUUACAACUCCUUGAGAGGAAACGUGUCUGAAAGUCUUUUUGAAAACCUCAAAAACCUGAACAUGUUGCGUUUGUCUUCCAAUCCUUUGGUUUUUGAUCCACACACUGAUUGGGCCCCUCCAUUUCAGCUUUAUAUGAUUAUGCUAACAUCAUCUCAUUUAGGUCCUCGAUUUCCUCCUUGGCUACGAACACAAAAAUCCAUACAGAUGUUGGAUCUCUCUAACUCAACUAUCUCUGGCAUCAUCCCCACCUGGUUUUGGGAUUUAACAUCCCAACUUGUUUCACUGAACCUUUCAAAUAACAAUAUUUCUGGCCAAUUGCCCAACAUUUUAAAACUGCAGUCUCAGGCCAACAUUGAUUUGAGUUGGAAUAAUUUCAGUGGUCCCAUACCUUGCAUAUUGAAUGGAGCUAUGAUACUCGAUCUCUCCAAUAAUCAAUUUUCUGGGCAAAUCCCACCAAAAUUUACAUCCACAAUGCACGAUUUAGAAGUCUUUUCUGCUAAAGGUAACCAAAUCAGUGGUAUAAUUCCCUCAUCCAUAGAAGGAAUGAAAUCCCUGACCGCCCUUGACCUUUCCCGAAACAAUAUAAGUGGUAUCAUUCCAUCGAGAUUGGGUAAUUGUGUAGCCCUUGAGGCACUUGAUUUGAGUGAGAACCGGUUGUCAAGAGGAAUACCCAGGUCUUUGGGUCUGUUACGUCGACUCCAAACAUUGCACUUGAGCAACAAUGCCUUAUCAGGAAAAAUCCCUUUGCCUUUGAAGAAAUGUGCUAGUUUGGAAACUCUCGACCUUGGAUACAACAAUUUCUCAGGUCAUGUUCCCACUUGGAUUGACGAAAGCUUUCCAGCUUUAAGAAUUCUGUGCUUGCGGUCAAAUAUGUUCACUGGCAACAUCCCACCUCAGCUAUUAAACCUAACUUCUCUUCAGUUCCUUGAUGUGGCAGAAAAUCAUUUAUCUGGUUCAAUUCCUCAAAAUUUUGAAAAUCUCAUCUCAAUGAAAAAUGAGCAGAAGAUGAACCUGUUUCUUACCUAUGGAGAGAUGAAGACAAUGCAUCAUGGGAAACACUUUCGACUGAAAGGCACAUCAUAUUACAUGGAAAACUUGCUUGUGUCAAUGAAGGGGCAAAUGCUUGAAUAUACUCGAACAGUUUCACUGGUUACAUGUAUGGACCUUUCAACAAAUAACUUAUCUGGAGUAAUUCCUGAAGGACUCACAAGUCUUUUGGGAUUGCAUGUCUUAAACUUAUCUGGAAACUAUUUGACUGGAAAGAUCCCAGACAAGAUUGGUAAAUUGGCAUUACUGGAGUCUCUUGAUUUCUCUAAAAAUCAGCUUUCAGGUACAAUUCCACAGAGCAUGUCAAAUUUAACUUUUUUAAGUCACUUGAACUUGUCAUACAACAAGUUUUCGGGAAAAAUUCCAUCAGGAAAUCAGCUCCAGACGCUUGAAGAUCCAUCUAUGUAUAUCGGCAACAAUGGACUAUGUGGACCUCCUCUUGCAAAGUGUGUUAGCGAUAAAACAUCUCAAGGUCCGAUGCCUGUUAGUGGUGAUGAAGAAAAAGGUGAAGAAGAAUAUGAAAUGCGUUGGCUUUACUCUGCAAUGGGACCAGGAUUUGCGGUGGGGUUUUGGACCUUCUGUGGCAUUUUAGUGCUCAAGAAGUCUUGGAGGAUUGCCUAUUACCGCUUCUUUGAUAAGAUGAAAGAUAAACUUUUUUGUAAUUGUGGCUUCGCUGGAUGUUAGAUUGAAGAAGUUUGUGGAGACUCAAGUCAUGAGUAAUGGAUAAUUGUUGCAA